AUGAAGAUUCCUGCUAUGAUGUCUCUCCUACUGGUGUCUGUGGGUCUCAGGGAUGGAGUUCAGGUUCAAAGUUACUCCAUCUCACAACUGGACAUCUUUUCUCAAGAAAUACCCCUAGACAUGGCCCCAGCGUCCUUUGAUGACCAGUACGCUGGCUGCCUGGCAGACAUGACAGCGGCACUGCCAGAUCUCAACCGCUCAGAGUUCCAGGCCAACAGAGACUACGCGGAUGGCUGGGCUAUGGCCAACAACCAGUGGCAGGAGCGCAGGACUUGGGGUUCCGUGUGGGGCUCCUUGCCCCCGUCACCGCCGGGCUUCCGGGAUGAGCACGGGGUGGCGCUCCUGGCCUACACCGCCAACAGCCCCCUGCACAAGAAGUUCAACGCGGCAGUGCGUGAGGCAGGACGGUCUCGGGCCCACUACCUUCACCACUUCCCCUUCAAGACCCUCCACUUCCUGCUCACCGAGGCCCUGCAACUGCUUCGGAGCCACCGAUCUCGCGGGUGCCAGCAGGUGUACCGGGGGGUGCAUGGCCUGCGCUUCCGGCCAGCAGGGCCCGGCGCCACCGUUAGACUGGGGGGCUUUGCUUCCGCGUCCCUCAAGAACGUUGCCGCCCAACAAUUUGGCGAGGACACCUUCUUCGGUAUCUGGACCUGCCUCGGGGCCCCCAUCAGGGGCUACUCCUUUUUCCCUGAAGAGGAGGAGGUGCUGAUCCCCCCUUUCGAAACUUUCCAGGUGAUCAAUACAAGCCGACCCACCCAGGGUCCCGCACGCAUCUACCUCCGCGCUCUGGGCAAACGCAGUACAUACAAUUGCGAAUACAUCAAAGAAAAGAAGUGCAGGUCUGGGCCCUGCUGGCUGGAUAGCUCAGCCCCAGGCUCCCUUUCUGCCUCCUGGUCUCUUCUGCUGCUGCUCUUGUUCCUUUUGCUGAGAGCCCUUCCAGAGAAUCCAGGUCUCCAGCACCCUACCCGAUGUUAA